GUUUUCAAUUAAAUUAGUGAAAAGUCUUCUUCAUUUUGUUAAUAUUAUUAUGUAGAUGUUUUGUUAGCAAGGAGGCUGUACUUUUUAUUAUAGAUUUCGUAACAACGUCUCCAGAACACAAGCUUUCUUAUUGAAUGAUUUUGAGAUACAGUUAGAAGGAGAGUACGAGAAAAGAUCUUUUGUUGACAAAAAAAAAAAAAAGAGUAAGAGAAAAGGGAGUCUUUGUGGGUUUGAAGAUGAGAUCAAGAACUGGAGCCUUUAUGCUCCUGAUCUUGCUUUUCUUCCAAAUUAGUUCUGUAUCUGCGCUCACAAACAGUAUAGACGCUGUUGCUUUACUAGCUCUAAAGAGUGAGUUGACCGGGACUCCUAAGAAUUGGAAAGGCUUUGAUCCUUGCGGAACCAAUUGGGUUGGAAUUUCAUGUAGCAAUGGCCGCGUUGUUAACAUAUCACUAAGCAACCUUAACUUGCAAGGAAAGCUUUCUGCCGAUAUUUCAACGUUGUCUGAAUUGGUGACCCUGGAUUUGACAUCCAAUUCUAAUAUAACUGGACCGCUUCCACCAAAUAUCGGUAACCUCAAGAAGUUGACAGAGUUAAAUCUUAUGGGAUGUGGUUUCGAUGGUCAAAUUCCUGAGUCCAUAGGAAAUCUUGAAAAACUUACAAAACUCUCCCUGAAUUCAAAUAAGUUCAAUGGAAAAAUUCCGGCUUCCAUGGGACGGUUAUCGAAACUAUAUUGGUUCGAUAUAGCUGACAAUCAGAUCGAAGGAGAGAUUCCAGUUUCUAAUGGGACUUCAUCACCUGGACUUGACAUGCUUCUUCAAACUGUGCAUUUUCAUUUUGGGAAAAACAAGCUUUCAGGGAAGAUCCCAAAAGAACUUUUCACCUCGAACAUGACUUUGAAACAUUUGCUCUUCGAUGGAAACCUAUUCACAGGCGAAAUCCCAGAGAGCCUCAGUCUCGUUAAAACAUUGGUUGUCUUGUAAGUAAUAGAAAGAGAUUUAUCAAAAAAAAAAAUGUUUCUUUGAUAAGUAAUAAACCAUAUUUGUCUUGUAAAAAAAAUUGUAAGUAAUAAACCAUAUUUGUUGUUUUCUUUGUGAGUAAUAAAACCCAUGGUCGAACAACAAAAAAUUAUACUAA